ACGACACAUACGUGCGCCCAAGGUUCAACAGUAAGCUUCCAAAUUUAACGCUGACAGACCUGCAAGUAUUUAUCGAAAUGUAGAUUGAAUUUUGUUCCUAUGAGGUCAUAUUUAUCGUAUAAUGGUUUGACUUUAGUAACAGUUAAUUAAUACUGGGAAAGUUUGCGAAGUAGAGGCCAGACACCGAGUGCGUUUUGACAGCUGAGGUGGCUAGCAAGUCAACGUGAAUAGAGGACAACAUGGUGUAUUCUUUCAUACUGAAAGUUGUGCAGCGUAAUUUGCAGCAACAUCAAUCACUAUCAACGCAAUGCGUUGAUCGAAUAUGGAAACGCAUGCAAAACAUUGUGCACCUUCAGAAACCGACUACAGCACCAUCCAGAUAUAUUUUCUACAGGACCGCAGAUCGCUCAGCUAUUGUGAGCGGUAUAUUUUGUACACAGAAUCGAAGCAUUUCUCUCGACACAAGGUUGAGAAGUAAAGAAGAAAAGGAUGGUGGACAGGUGUCAGUACCUAAGCGAGGACCUUCUACUGCACAAAAAGUCAAAGAAGCUGGCAAAGACUUCACCUAUCUCAUAGUUGUGCUCAUCGGACUUGGAGUAACUGGUGGGUUGUUGUAUGUGGUGUUCCAGGAGCUGUUUUCCUCCUCCAGCCCCAGCAAGGUCUACAGCAAAGCCUUCAACAAAGCCAGGUUGCACCCAGAGGUGAUUGGAGUGUUUGGGGAGCCAAUCAAGUGCUUUGGUGAGACGUCCCGUCGUGGUAGAAGACAGCAAGUCAGUCAUGUAGAGUAUAUGAAGGAUGGACUAAAGCACAUGAGGCUGAAGUUCUACAUUGAAGGGGACGAACCAGGCCGUCAGGGAACGGUGCACACGGAAUCCAAAGAGAACCCUGAAACUGGGAAGUUAGAGUUUCGCUACAUCUUCGUGGAAGUAGACACCUACCCAAGGAGAACCAUCGUCAUCGAGGACAACAGAUAAGAUGGAGGCUGACUCUUUUACCAGUCUGAAAAGGUGCUGCAGCUGGUGCAGGGAGUAAAUGAAUUUGUUGCUGAGUAAUAUUUGUGACACAAUGUCUUCUCAACAGAUGCCAAUACAGUUUUAGAGUGUAUCAGUUUAAACAACAAAAUAUCAGAUGGCAAUCAAGUCUAUCUCCCGACGUAUUAGUUUUAAUGUUGAUAGCAUUGUCACAGAUAUGUUGGGUGAUUUAGAAAAAUGGGGUAAGAAGAUGAUUGUAAAGCAAAACAGAACACUACAGCCAACGCUCAGGACAAUUUCUUUAUUUUGAGACGAAAGAUGAUCUCUUUGAGUCGGCUGUUGCCUGCUGAUUGCCAACCAAUGCUAUGCAGUGUAGAAGAUCCAGAGGAUAAAAGGCGUUUGUGAAAGAAUUAUACGCUUUUCCUGCGAAAUCAUGGAAACUGUUGCACUGAUGCGAUUUGUGUUUUGACACUCAAAGUGUGAAUGUAUUUCCUGGGUUGUGGAUCUGUACUAAACGGAGACACAAACCUGUCAAGAGAUCAUUUCGAUUUUGCUUAAGACAAUUUGGUGUUAAAAGUAAAAGUUGAGAAAUUAUUUGUCAACUUUAACGAGUGUGUUCCUGCGAUGAGAUUUGACAUCUCGUGAGCUAAAUAUUGCCAUGAUAUUUAUACCCUUUGGAAAUUAAAUGUCAAUCAUGUUUUGCAAUUGUGUUUCCCACCUUCAAGUGUAUUGGAGAAAGAAAUUACACUUUAAAUAAAUUGAUUAUAUUA